AUGAAGGCAGCUCUCUGUACUGGGGCAAAGUCGAUCGAGCUAGGCGUUGUCGCCAAACCCAUGAUCACUGCACCUAAGGAUGCUAUUGUGCACAUUACCCAUUGCAAUAUAUGCGGAUCUGAUCUGCAUAUGUAUAACGGCGAUAUGAACAGUGUCAUGGAGAAGGGGAUGAUCAUGGGCCACGAGGCGAUCGGCAUUGUCGAUGAAAUUGGGCAUGAAGUCAAAGACUUGAAGGUAGGAGACCGAGUCAUUAUUUUGCAGGUCAUUGCAUGUGGGGAGUGCUUCUACUGCAAGCGCAAAGAGUUCUCCCUUUGCGACCAAACCAACCCAUCACAUGAGAUGGAACAACUGUACGGACACCGUCUCUCCGGUAUCUUUGGCUAUUCCAAAAUCACAGGUGGAUACCCUGGCAACCAGGCUGAGUACUGCCGCGUCCCUAACGCAGAUCUUGUCAGCGUCAAAGCCCCCAAGGAUAUUCCCGCUGAGAAGCUGGUCGGUCUUGCGGAUGUGACCCCUACUGCAUGGCAUGGGUGUGAACUUGCGGAAGUGCGCAAAGACGAUAUUGUUGGCGUCUGGGGCUGUGGCGCAAUUGGUCUCCCGAUCCAACGUUUGUCCAAGCUUCGUGAAGCCCGAACGGUCUACGCCGUCGACAAAGACGUCAACCGACUCAAGAUUGCAGAAUCUUUUGGCAUGAUCCCCGUCAAUGUCAAUGAGCAUUCGGAUCCGGCGGACUAUGUUCUUUCCAUUGAACCGCAUGGCCUCAACCGCGGUAUUGAGGCAAGUGGCUUCAGGAGCACGAACUCGGUCGUCCAUAACACCAUGAGGAAGCUAGGUAUUGAGGGCGAUAGCUCGGAUACUGUGAGCGCUGUGAUCAAGGCGACGCGCAAGGGUGGAAACAUCGCUUUGAUUUGCGAUUUCUUCUACUCGACCAACAAUUUUCCGAUUGGAAUGAUGAUGGAAAAGGCGAUUACCGUACGUGGUGGGCAGCUAUACGCCGAGAAGGAAAAAUCCCUGUUCCUAUGA